AUGACUUCUGUUAUAUCUCCAUUGAUUCUUGAUGAAUCCCGCAGUGCAAAUACCGUUACGAAAUCGUUUAAUGCUAAAUUUGAUGACUAUGAAGCUUAUGAAUCUUCUAAAUACUUAUUGAAGAAUACUUACCAGUACGUUGAGCCAAUUGAAAAUGGCUCUUUUGGUAAAGUGACCUUGGCUUAUAAUAUCCAUACCAAGACUAAAGUUGCCAUGAAGUCGAUCUACAAGUCGCAUAAGGAGUUGAGAUUGAUGGCGCUCAAUGAAAUCACCCAUUUGAAGACGUUGGGCAGAGCCAAUGCUAACAUCUGUCAGUUGUUGGAUCAUUUUGAAUCGAGAGAUUUCAUCCAUUUAAUCUUAGAAUACUGCCCAAAUGGCGAUUUAUAUGAAUUGAUCCAUAGUGCAAAUAAAUUGGCCAAUGUUGAAAUUUGGACUUUGGCAAAAGAAAUUUAUAAUGGGUUGAACUAUGCUCAUUCUUUAGGCAUAUACCAUCGCGAUAUUAAACCAGAAAACAUCUUGUUUGAUUCAAUCGGUCAAGUUAAAAUUUGUGAUUGGGGGUUGGCUACUAAUAAAAGAUUCAGUAGUGAUUUCGAUAUCGGUACGGAAAAAUACAUGGCUCCUGAAGUCUUCGCUCACUCAAGUCCUCUUUUCCAAAAUAAAAUUGAAUACGAUGUUUUAUUUGCAGAUUAUUGGUCGGUUGGAAUCACCUUAUUGACCGCUCUAUUUGGUAAUGCUCCUUUUAAACCAAUUCCAAAUGACUCUAAUUAUAAAUCUUUAGAAUCGGAUUAUAAUUUCAAAAAAUUUGUUUUUUAUAAUCAACAUGAUAUCUUAUACGAUAUUUAUCCAAUGAUGAAUUCAAAUUGUUUUGAAAUUUUCAUGAAUAUCUUAAAUAUCGGUGGUCUAGAAGAUGAUUUAUCUCAAUAUCAAUCUAAAAUUCAUCAAAGAAACUUUGAUCAAUUCAUUCUUGAUUUAGAAAAAAAUUGGAAUAAAGGUUUAACCGUUGAUGAUGAAUUAUUCUAUCUUGAUGAUGAUCAAGAUGAAUUACUUUUCGAUGAUGACGUGAUUCAUAAUGAUGACGUUUUCAAAUUAGAUGAACAAAUCUCCGAUACUAGUAAUUCUCAAAUAAAUUAUUACGUGAACGGUAAUUUAUCAAAUGAAUCGAAUGACUCAAAUGACUCGAAAAAUUUAAGUAAUAUUAAUGUACCUUCUUUGGUGGAUUCUUCUUUACAAUCAAAGUCUUGGUAUGAUUUGGAUGAAGAAGAUGAAGAUAAUGAAUUCGAAAUCUUCUUCAAAACCUUAUCAUUGAAAAAUGAUAGUAAAUAA